GGAGUAUGCAAAUGCGAUUGAGGAGGAGCUGGUCGUGGAGGAUCUGGUUGGACGUGGCACUGCUGCCCCUGCUGAUGCGUCCGCCACGUAGACACGAACCGAUAGAGGAGAGGACGGGAGAGGUGCCGCAGGGCCAGAUGGUGGCUAACAAGAUUGUCUUGCCAGAGACGCCGCGGAUGAUGUUCGUGAGCGUUUGCGAGCGCUCGUCGGUAUGGGGGAUGGAGGUGACGAGAGGGCGGCGAGAGGGACUCCUACUACAUCGACUGCCUCCACGCAGGUCGCACUCCGAGGAAGACAGAUGACCUUGGAUCCGUUCUUGGGAAACAAGGUGCAGAAUGAUCUCGAUCGUUUGUUGGCACUUGCAAUGUACCGCGGCGGCGUGCCGUUCAACUGGCUACGGCUGAAGGAGAUGCAAAACUAUUGGGACUACAUUGUCACACUCCUGCGGCCAUCCAUUGUACUAGCGCCACGCCUGCUCUCGUACGAGGGAGUGAGGACGAGGAUGAUGGAUAUUAUAUACCACGAGGUUGCAGCACUCAUCGCCCCCGAGGAGGCAAAGUGGAAGGACACCGGUUGCACCUUGAUGACUGAUGGUGCCACUGACCAGCGCAACAAGCCGAUAAUGAACUUCAUCGCAGCAGGCCAGUCAGGGCCAAUCCUUAUCCGCACCAUCGAUAUGUCGGCACGAGACAAGACAGGCGUGAGUUUGGCAGAGAUAUGGGAGGGGGUGAUACGAGAUGAUAUAGGGGUGGAGAAUGUGAACGCCAUCUGCACAGACAACGUGGAGGUUAUGAAGGCGGCAGCGAGUAUUCUACAGGACCACCCAGACCUUGCCAUCACACGGAUCCCUUGGAUCCCUUGCGCGGUCAAGAAAGUGAUGGACAUGAUGGAGCCCUGCUACACCUUCUUGAGGGCCAUGGACUUCGACGGUUCAUCACCCCCAGGGUUGUGGGAUUUGGAGUCCAUCUUGCGGAGGAAGAUUGAUGUAUUGGGCCUGUGGGAGGCUGAGAGGAAGGUGGUCUUCGACAUUGUGCCAGACAGAUGUGCGAUGAUGCAGCAGCCGGCACACGCACCAGCUUACUUGUUGGAUCCUCGUCGGCGUGACAUCUCUUUGUUGUCUGAUCGCAGUUCACCCGUCGUGCAAAGUACAUUUGAUCAUUUCUCUCGUAUGUUGGGUGGAGGUUGGGAGUCAAAGGCGCUGGGAGACUUGUGGGAGGAUUUAUGGACCUUCCACUGUGGUGAUCCUCAGUAUUCGCCGGUGGAUGGUUCUCAUUGGUGGGACGAGGUUGUUGUUCGAGACGCUGCCAGCAAGACGAUGCACCCAGCAUUGUGGUGGCAGCUUCACGGCGGCGGUCACCUGAGGUUGCAGGCAAUAGCAAAGAAGGUGCUCGACAUGUGGUCCACAACGAGUCCUUGUGAACACAAUUGGGCCACUCAUGAUGUCAUUCACACAAAGAGGUGCAACAACCUCUCCGCCACGAGUGUGGAGAAGCUCGUGUUCAUUCAUUGGAACAUGCAGCUUCUCUGCGCUAGCAGGAGGCCUGAGAGUCGUUACAUCGAAGUGUGGGCCGACAUGGUUGAGGAUCCCCCCGAGGUGGCGGACGAUGGAGAUGUCUUGCCUGUCGAUGCGGAUGAGGAGGAGUCGGAGGCAGCCGCUCGAGCGAACCGUCAUAAGGACGGUCGUGAUCGCAUCACAUCUGCAUCUCGCUAUGCCGGCGAUCAUUAUGAGCCUGGCCCUUGGGCGGAUGCCGUGUGGAUGCAUCGUGAGAUGGGGGAGCACAUGCAGCAAGAGAGGGACAAAGGGAAGACCCUUGCCGAGGACCAGCAUGAUAUCCUCGAUGACUGGGCAGGGCUAGACCCUCAUGAGGACUUCGACGCAUACGUGGGCGGCAGUUUCCGCACAGUGAGGACCCUACGGCAGAGGGUGGGAGGUCAGACCGAUGUUGAGGGGUUGUUGGCCAGAGAGGAUGCUGAGCGGGACAAAGAUCGCUCCUAUGACGACGUUCAUGGAUCGACACCAUGGCGAGAGGCGAGGGCGACAGGGUCCACACAAGUCUCCGCUUCUCAAACCCAUGAUCGUGCUCAUGGGUCGGAGCAGAGGGCGGAGCAGAGGACAGAGCAAAUGGUGCACCAGACGAUUGACCAGAGUGUGGUCGACAGGCCGCAACAGAGGACGGAGGACACCAACACGGUGGAGCAGGUGGCAGAGCAGGUCGCUGAUCAUCCGAGGGCGACACAAACUGUGGUGCAAAGAGUGCAUCAAAGGGUGGACUGCGCUGUCGAUGACACAGUUCAAGAAAGGCGAGAGGAGGGUGCACAGUCUACGUUGGAGCAGAGUGUUCAGCAGACGGUCGGGGACGGUGCAUACCACAGAGCGGGUCAGAGUGUGGAGCUGACGGUGGAGCAGAGGGCCGAGCAGAGACUGGGAGACAGGGUGGAGGCAUUGGUGGAGCAGAGGACAGAGCAAAGGGCACACAUGUCUAGAGAUUGUAGAGUGGAGCAGAGGGCUGAGCAAAGGCUCGACGUCAGGGUGGAAGUCUGUGUGGAUCAACAAUUGGGCCACGAGAUGGUGGCUGAAAGGGUGGGUGAGAGCGUGCUGCAUGAUGUGGGUGGUGUGAUGGCAGAGGAGAGGACUAAGGAGAGGGGCAGGGUUAACCCGCAAGAGAGCGUUACACCAGAGACCACAUUGAGUCGAGGCUCUUUCUAUGGGAUUCCCCCGUUGCCCCCUCGUGGUGCACAAUCCUCUGUACGGGUUGAUGUUGGCGCACAUGUCGGGGAGCCACCACAGCGCCAGCGAGAAGUGGAGAUAGCCUCUAGUGGAGGCAGGGGCGCAUUGGACACCGUGUCCAGUCAUGAAAGGCAGGGUGGGAUACACAGCUCCAUAUUGACGAGUCGUUCACCAUUGUCGGGUGCUAGACUCCCCGGACGCAUACAAGGCCGCGCGGAUCGGUCUGCGGACGCAUACAAGGCCGCACGGAGUUGUCGACGUCCGCACGGGGUUGAAGUUGGUCGCGACCCACGCGGAGAAGCGCCUGGGCCUGCUGCGAAGGCGGGACACGUCGGAGUCCUCGGGAGCGCGUCAUCACUGCGGGCGUACAUGAGGGAGCAUGAUAUCGCGGAUAGACGAGCCGUGGACGUCCAUCAGGGCAGUGGCAGGGGCCGGACGGGUGAGACACAGUCACGACCACAGGAGCGUGAUGCUGUGGAGGAGGUGAAGGAGUUCCUUGCCAAGGAGGCGAAGCGAGCAGAGGCCCGGGGCGGUGAGGAGGGUGGAGGGGCAGGCCCGACACCCGAUUUGCCAGGAGAGGAUGUGGUUAUGACUGCGCGAGGAAAGAUGCCGGUGGAGAGUGGAGUUGAGGGCGUGCCACAGGGGCGCAAGAGACAGUGGCAGUCGAGACUGGACGAGGUGUACGAUCCGGAUGGGCAGGCCGGAUUCAGGGACACUUUUUUGCAGUGGGCCUACAAUGCCGGUAUUCCGUUCGCUGCAUUCAGAAGGCAGUCAUGGCUUCGGCACAAGAAGCAGUUGGCCUCCAUGCCUCGUGGAGUGCGGCCAGUUUAUCCAUCCUUCAAGGACAUUGGGGGCGCUGCUAUUGAUGAGCAACGAGGGAAGGUUGCCGCGAUGUUGAGGGAGGUCCGUAGUUCGUUUGAGUCGAUAGGGGCCACCAUUUUGUCGGACGGUAGGCAGUCGCGAGACGCUAGGCCUAUAGUCAACUUCCUGGCAGCCGCCAAGCGCGGUGCCCUCUUAUACGCCACCGUCCAGCGAGACGGUUCAGUGUUCGAGACGACACAGAUCGUCCUGAGGAGGUGGAAGGCCAUUUUUCGGUCUUUCCCUCCGAAGGACGUGUUGGUCAUUUGCACGGACUCUGCGUCGAACUACACGUUGGCCGCAAAGCUCCUUGCAAAGGACUCUGAUCCGGACAUUCGCCGUAUCACUUGGCUCCCGUGUGCCACCCACGUGGCCAGCUUGAUGUUGUCUGACAUCGGGACACGGGUUCCUUGGGUUACGGACACCAUUUUCAGGGCUCGGGCGUUGGUGCGAUUCUUUAAAUCGCACGGCGCAGCUUAUCACCUGUUCAGGGUGAAAAGCCGUUGCCGCACACUUAUGCACCCAGUGGAGACGCGAUUCGCGUCUGUUUUUUUUAUGUUUGUGUGUUUGCGGGCGAGGAGUAAUGCCUUGGAGAGCAUGCUUCAUGACGACGAGUGGGACAAGAUCCCAUGGGAGUCGUCGAAGCGUAGACAGGCUCUGUGGGUUCGACAACUCAUCCGCUGCGMCGAUUUCURGCGCAACGUUCAGCACGCUGUCGCASUCAUGACCCCUGUCCACCAGCUGYUGAGGAGAUUGGACAGGGGCGGCAUGAUCAUGUCCRCGAUGUACUCAUGGUCACAGGAGUUGGUACGGCAGGUGGCUGCUGCUGACRUCCCUGAUGACAUGCGGGGGCCUUGCGUGGAGGCGGUGCAGAUCCGCACUAUGCAUAUGCUUGAGCCUGCGCACGCUGUGGCGCACCUGCUCAACCCCCGUAGACGCUCUCUCCGUUACUACGAGUCCGCCCGCAGGACAGCUGCGGACCUCGAGGUCGUCACCGAGUGCGACUUGUUUUUGUUGGCACAGACAGGCGGUGAUCGUGCGGGGGAUGCAUACUUGCGGGUGCGUGAGCAGAUGCGAUCCUUCCACUCCAGGGUCGGCCAGCACACAGAGAGGGUGAUGAGGGACGCCGAGGCGAAGGCCUGUGUAGGGGACGAGGAGACGAGCAGGUGCGCGUCAUGGUGGGUGGAGCACGGCGCAUGCUUCCCGAACUUGCAGGAGAUUGCUGGCCGUGUGAUGCACAUGUGGACGUCCGCCUCUCCUGCUGAGAGGAAUUGGGCAGAGCAUGAGCGCAUCCACACGGCCAAGCGCAACAAGCUCGAGUUCAGGAAGGUCGCGCAGUUAGUUGAGAUUGCUACAAAUCUCAAACUACUUGGAUGCAGUGAGCGGAGUGGGGGGUACGUUCUUCCGUGGGGUCACAUGGCGACCCUGGCUGAGGCGCAGCCAGAGGAGUAUACACACCCGAUAGUCGCAGAUGAGGAUGAGGAUGAGGAGCCUGAGCCAGAGGAGUGGGGAGCUAGACCUCAGACAACGAUGUCGGCACACGAGAUCGCUGCACAGGUUCGUCGCUUCCGGCAGCAGGGUGCUCGUCGGCCAGCAAGGGUUGUCGAGGUUUGCAGUGCCAGAGCCGAGAUACUCCAUCCUUACGACCACGUGCCUCCACCGCUAGCAGAGCCAGUGCAGGCGUCGGAGGAGCAGACGGACACAGAGGUCGGAGAGGAUUUGCCACCUGGUGUAGAUAAGAGUGUGGAGAGACUCUACUACACAUACGGAGGAGGAGCCGAUGGAUUCCAGCCACGUUGCACAUUCAUUCGGGAGAGCGACGACGAUCCCAUCCCCGCCACCGAUAUAGGGUUGGAUGGUGGACAGCGAGACGCGGACGACGCGGACGACGACGACGACCACGACGAGCCGUUACUACUUCGCAGAGCACGGUUGGCGCAGCAGGGAGCCGCGCGGCCCGCGCCUGCCGCCGAGGGUCUCAGGAGAUCGGCGGGGCUGCAGCAGACGCAGGCGGGAUCGACUUCAGGUGGUAGACGCGAGGCGUCGGACCACCUAGACGACAUCACAGAUGAGGAGCAUUUGCCGAGCCAGCGUACGCCCGCCUCGACACCUAGAGGCGACAAUCAGCAGAGGGAGCUGCGCACGAGUGACUUUCAGGGCCUUGGACCAGGAUUUGCGGGCAGCGGUGUUCGAGGGCGGGCUGAUGGGCGAGAGAGAGUGGGGGAUGAGGCCGAGUACCAUCAUGUGCAGGGUGGUGGUCCAGAGUCCGUGGAGGAGCUCCAUGCUCGGAUGGAUCGACAUGAGGAGCAGCGGCUGCAGCAGUUGCAGAGAGAGUGGGUGGGCAGAGAUAAGUACAUGGUGGAGCAGCAGCGUGCUAGAGACUUGGAGACGGGUACUGCAGUCCGUGAUGUGGGUGGGGUAGAGCAUAGCGUUCGUACAGUCCCGCACGCGUUUCCAGCCGACACAGCGAUACCCGAUACCGCAGUGCCCGAGAUGUCGCCCCAGGGAGAUGUGGACUCCGGGUCUGCCGUGGGAGGAGAGUUAGGUGCGUCUGAGUAUGGCGAUCCGACUGUGUCCGAUGUUAUAGUUGGGUUGUGUGCGGCGGGCACAUUGCAGCCAGGCGAUCCAGCCACUGAGGAGGCAGUUCCCAUGGACGACGAUUCAGGCGAGUUGGAUGGAGGCUGCAUACCCGAUGCGGAGGGCGAUGAUGGGGCGGGUGAUGCCGACCGUCUUGCACCUGCGCACAACACCGGUCCAGGUCGAUCGACACACGGGUCGAUUGGGGUUGACGCAUGUGGACCUGUACAGGGCGAUGCACAUGUAGACGAUGCUGGAGGCAGUAUGUCGUGGGCGUUGGUGUUGCGUCAUCCUUCACCGGUCGCGCACGAGGAUAUGUCACAUCCUCCGGAGGGUAGAGGUGGUGUUGAUGAGGAGGGGGAGGGCGGUACGGCAGAUGACCGUACUGACCCAGAGAGAGCAGAUAUGGAGGAGGGGCAGAUUACAUCGGGCCUACUUGACCCUGACGCGUUGCACCGUGCGGCGAUGGAGGAUCCAAUUAUCACACGACCUGCAGGAUUUGUCGGUGUCGUAGUUCACUCGCCCCCGCUGUACACACCUUUGAGCCCUUUGUAUUCUGACUCUCCUGCGAGCUUGGAGCGCGAGCAGCAACGUUCAGAGUCUAUUAGAGCAGCGGCUUCGGGUGCACGCAUGACUCGCAUCCCCCCAGUUACACCUCCUCCACCGACUACGGUCCGCGGCAGUCCGACAACUGUCACGGGCAGGGAGAGAGAGAGAGGCCACAUGUCGUCAUCGCCUCGUCUAGACACACAGCAGUCGCUUCACCGUUCGUGGAGCACAGUGCGACGAGUUGAUGACGGUGUGCGGGGUGAUUUUGCGGCGCAUCAGGCACGGUUGAGCGAGGAGCAGAGACCGGCACCGAGUUUGAGGACUUCUUAUCACAUUCUCGACAUGCCUAGAUAUGGCGCGCGCAGAGACUUACUUUUAGGUUUACGCAUGGCCGCGCCUGCGUUGUAUACUUUCGGAGAGGAUGGUGUGCCGACGCCUAGUGGAGAGCGAUCUCACACUACCAUUAACGAGAUACAGUCUCGUAUUGCUAGGGACGAGGCGCGAUUGAGGGAGUUGAGUGACACAUUGCACAGGGAGCGCGCGAGGUUGGCGACGGCGCGUGCCUCAGAGGUCGACACAGAGGAGGAACCCAUCGAGGUUGUGAGGCGCAGGGAGAGAGAGAGGGAGAGAUCGGCCGCGACAGGGACACAUAAGACACCAUCGACACGGGGACGACGACGAGGAGGCAAGGGCGGGGGGCAAUAGAUAUGUCCUCCUGUUUAUGUGGAUGUUACCCAUUGUUCGGUUCGUUGGUCGCUGUCUUUUGGUAGUUUAUCAUAUGUACUU